CUCGCGGCUGCCGCACGGUGGAGGCGGCGCUGCGGCCGGCGGGCCCCGGGGACGCUCUGGGCCGCGACGGUCUCCGGGUCUUGAGCGGAGGCUGCAGGAGCCACACGCGGAGGUCGUACGGGCGUGAUAGUGGCAGAAGCGGCGCCAAAGGCCCCAGAGUACGGUAGGCCGCCGCGGCCGGGACAGCUGGCCCCACGCCUCAGCCGCGGAACGGUUCUGCCGGGCCCGGCCCUCGGGCUUCCCACGGCGACGGUGCGGCUGCGGAGGAGCCUCUUUCCUCCGAGGGCCGAGCGCCCCUGCGGCACCCGAGCCGUUUCUCUGACAGGAUUGGAAACGCGCUGCCAUGAGAAGCCGGAGUAACUCUGGGGUCCGGCUGGACGGCUACGCUAGGAUGGUGCAUCAGACCAUCCUGUGCCAUCAGAAUCCAGUGACUGGCUUGCUUCCAGCCAGCUACGAUCAGAAAGAUGCCUGGGUCCGGGACAAUGUGUACAGCAUCUUGGCUGUGUGGGGUUUGGGCCUGGCCUACCGGAAGAAUGCAGACCGGGAUGAAGAUAAGGCAAAGGCCUAUGAACUGGAACAGAGUGUAGUCAAGCUAAUGAGAGGACUGCUGCACUGCAUGAUCAGACAGGUGGAUAAAGUAGAGUCCUUCAAGUAUAGUCAGAGUACCAAGGAUAGCCUCCAUGCCAAGUACAACACCAAAACCUGUGCCACUGUAGUCGGUGAUGACCAGUGGGGACACCUGCAGAUGGAUGCUACCUCUGUGUACCUGCUCUUCUUAGCACAAAUGACUGCCUCAGGCCUUCAUAUCAUCCACAGCCUAGAUGAAGUCAAUUUCAUACAGAACCUUGUGUUUUACAUUGAAGCUGCAUAUAAAACUGCUGACUUCGGUAUAUGGGAACGUGGAGACAAGACCAACCAAGGGAUCUCAGAAUUGAAUGCCAGUUCAGUUGGAAUGGCAAAGGCAGCCCUGGAAGCAUUAGAUGAACUGGAUCUGUUUGGUGUGAAAGGUGGGCCCCAGUCAGUUAUCCAUGUCCUAGCCGAUGAAGUGCAACACUGCCAGUCUAUCCUCAAUUCAAUACUCCCCCGGGCUUCAACGUCCAAAGAAGUUGAUGCUAGUCUACUUUCAGUUAUUUCCUUCCCAGCCUUUGCUGUAGAGGAUAAUGAGUUGGUGGAGGUCACAAAACAAGAAAUCAUCACCAAGCUUCAGGGUCGUUAUGGUUGCUGUCGCUUUCUACGAGAUGGAUAUAAAACUCCUAAAGAGGAUCCCAAUCGUCUAUACUAUGAACCAGCUGAACUGAAGUUAUUUGAAAACAUAGAGUGUGAAUGGCCAUUGUUCUGGACGUACUUUAUCCUUGAUGGGGUCUUCAGUGGCAAUGCAGAACAGGUUCAAGAAUAUAGAGAGGCUCUGGAAGAAGUCCUCAUCAAGGGCAAAAAUGGAGUCCCACUUCUGCCAGAGCUGUACAGCGUUCCUCCUGACAAGGUUGAUGAAGAAUAUCAAAAUCCUCACACUGUGGACCGAGUCCCCAUGGGCAAGUUGCCUCAUAUGUGGGGUCAGUCUCUGUAUAUCUUAGGAAGCUUGAUGGCAGAGGGAUUUUUAGCUCCUGGAGAAAUUGAUCCUCUGAAUCGUAGGUUUUCUACUGUGCCAAAGCCAGAUGUUGUGGUUCAAGUUUCCAUUCUAGCUGAGACAGAAGAAAUCAAGGCCAUUUUGAAGGACAAGGGGAUUGAUGUGGAGACCAUUGCUGAGGUGCACCCCAUCAGAGUACAACCAGCUCGUAUUCUCAGCCACAUUUACUCUAGCCUAGGAUGCAACAGUAGGAUGAAACUCAGUGGACGACCCUACAGACACAUGGGAGUCCUUGGAACUUCAAAGCUCUAUGACAUUCGGAAAACAAUCUUCACCUUCACUCCACAGUUUAUAGACCAGCAGCAGUUCUACCUGGCUCUGGACAACAACAUGAUAGUGGAAAUGCUCAGAACAGACCUCUCCUACCUCUGCAGCCGCUGGAGGAUGACGGGCCAGCCCACCAUCACCUUCCCCAUCUCACACACCAUGCUUGAUGAAGAUGGAACCAGCUUGAAUUCAAGUAUCCUGGCAGCACUCCGAAAAAUGCAGGAUGGCUACUUUGGGGGGGCAAGGAUUCAAACAGGUAAAUUGUCAGAGUUUUUGAUAACAUCUUGCUGCACACAUCUGAGCUUCAUGGACCCUGGACCUGAAAGUAAGCUGUGCAGUGAAGAUUAUGAUGACAACUAUACUGAGCUAGAAUCCUAUGACUGGACGAAUGGCUGCGAGUCAACCAGUAAUGCUCGCUGUGGUGAUGAAGUUGCUCGUUAUUUAGAUCACCUUUUGGCUCACACUGCUCCCCAUCCUAACGUAGCCUCUACCUCACAGAAGGGAGGGCUACAUCGGUUCCGAGCUGCUGUGCAAACAACCUGCGAUUUAAUGUCCUUGGUGGCCAAGGCCAAGGAGCUGCAUGUACAGAAUGUUCACAUGUAUGUUCCUGCAAAGAUACUUCAGGCUGCCCGGCCUUCAUUCAACUUACUUGACUCACCUCACCCCCCACAAGAGGACCAGAUUCCCUCUGUUCGUGUGGAAAUACAUCUCCCUAGAGACCAGUGUGGGGAGGUGGACUUCAAAGCACUGGUUUUACAGUUGAAGGAGACCUCCAGCUUGCAGGAGCAAGCUGAUAUCCUAUACAUGCUAUAUAGUAUGAAAGGACCUGACUGGGACACUGGAUUGUAUGAUGAGGGGAGUGCGACAGUCAGAGAGCUGCUUACUGAACUGUAUGGCAAAGCUGGAGAUAUUCGUCACUGGGGCCUGAUCCGAUGCAUCUCUGGGAUCUUAAGGAAGAAGGUGGAAGCACUUGAUGAGGCCUGCACAGACCUGCUGUCCCACCAGAAACACCUGACAGUGGGCCUCCCUCCAGAGCCCCGAGAGAAGACCAUCUCUGCACCUCUGCCCUAUGAAGCACUCACGCAGCUGAUAGAUGAGGCCAGUGAAGGGGACAUGAACAUUUCAAUCCUGACACAGGAAAUACUGGUAUAUCUAGCCAUGUAUAUGCGAACUCAGCCUGGCCUCUUUGCCGAAAUGUUUCGACUUCGAAUUGGUCUGAUCAUUCAAGUUAUGGCAACAGAACUGGCCCAGUCCCUUCGGUGCUCAGCCGAAGAAGCCACAGAUGGCCUGAUGAAUCUCAGUCCUUCUGCCAUGAAGAACCUCCUGCAUCACAUUCUCAGUGGCAAGGAGUUCGGGGUAGAACGAAGCGUGCGCCCCAGUGAUUCAAAUACCAGCCCUGCUAUUUCUAUCCACGAAAUUGGUGCUGUUGGAGCAACUAAAACUGAACGAACUGGGAUCACGCAGUUAAAAAGUGAGAUAAAGCAGUCCAAUGGUGGCCAUACACUGGGUAUCGAUUUGAUGUCACCGUCUUUUCUGUCACCUGGAACCUCUAUGACUCUAAGUAGUGGCUCCUUUACUAGUGCAUGUGAUGAACAGACAUUUAAAGAUAAUCGUCAAGGUCAGUGGCAACGCCGAAGAAGGUUGGAUGGUGCACUGAACAGAGUCCCAAUUGGAUUUUAUCAAAAAGUAUGGAAAGUUUUGCAGAAGUGUCACGGACUUUCUGUGGAAGGUUUUGUUCUUCCUUCUUCAACCACUAGAGAGAUGACUCCAGGCGAGAUUAAAUUCUCUGUUCAUGUGGAGUCUGUCCUAAACCGUGUACCUCAGCCGGAGUACCGCCAGCUUCUGGUGGAAGCCAUCCUUGUCCUCACCAUGAUGGCAGAUAUUGAAAUUCAUAGUAUCGGAAGCAUCAUUGCUGUGGAAAAAAUUGUGCAUAUUGCCAAUGACUUGUUCCUUCAAGAACAGAAAACCCUCGGCGCAGAUGAUACCAUGCUGGCAAAGGAUCCUGCGUCUGGCAUCUGUACUCUUCUGUAUGACAGCGCACCCAGUGGCAGGUUUGGCACCAUGACCUACCUGUCCAAGGCAGCCGCCACCUACGUGCAGGAGUUCCUGCCACACAGCAUCUGUGCCAUGCAGUGAUGCCUUUGGGCAGCUGCUUGCUUCCUCCAUUGAUUGUGCAUGACAGUGAUCACUCCCACCCUGGCCCGUCCCAACCCAUCACUCCCAAGAAGAGUAAACUUUCCUGAUAAACUAAGUGCUGUAGAAGAAGUGAGCCCUUGCCCCGGGGGCAUAUGCUCACCCAGACACUGCACUGGGGGCUCACAAAAGUGCACGUGAGUUUUGUUCUCUAGAUUGCUUACAAACUUAUAUUUCUAAUUCUGUUUAGGGAGCAGGUGUGAACAAUAACUUGUUCCUAAAGUUUGGUCUUUCUUCUGUGAAUGAGUGGCGGGUGCUUUGGGACAUGAUUUCAAGUGAGCAAAACCCUGAAUUCUUGCGUUUUAGGCUGCUGUAACUGGAAAUCUGUAUUCUAAGUGCCUUUUCUUAGGAAGAGAGAGUAGCAGUUUGUGGCUUUCUUGUUUGCUUACAUGUUGCCUCAUGCUGACUGAUGAACUUUCCGUGUAGGAUUCCUGUCUCAGCUUUUGCCUUUUCUGUAUCUGCCCCUUUGGUGAAACACAAAAAAUUGCAAGUACAGUGUGUCUACUUCAGGAUUGUGUAUUAACACUUGAAAUCACUUUUUAUAAAGAUUGCUGGUACUUAGAGCUGUAUUUGUAGCAGAAAAUGCAGAAUAACCCAGAGAAAUGCAGCCAGGAGCCCAAGUGCAGAGAGGAACGGGGCAGAAGAGAAGAUACCUGGGAGCAAAGAGGGCAUCAGAGGUGGGCAGUGCCAUGCUGCUGGCACACCACACCGACAAUGACCGAAGCCUCUGUCUUUCUUCCCCACCGCUCACCUGGCCCCGGCCUCAGCCUCACUCACUACCACUUUCUGCAGUUGUGGGCACUCCGCCCUCUGACGUCAUCUACUCCUGAUUACCUCCAAGUACCAUGACACUGGGCAUUAAGGCUUCCACAUAUGCAUUUGAGAGGCACACAUUCAGUCCAUAGCACUUUCCUUCUCCUGAUUUAUGUGUAGGUUCUACUAAUUUCCCUGUUUGCACUCAGAGAACUUCCUACUUCAACCCCCUCCUUCCCCUCAGGUUUUUCUCCCAAGAAUGGAGAUGGAGAUGGGGGACUCUCUACACAAUUCUUACGGAACCAGUGACAGUCUUAUGAGUAGACAUGAAUAAGUGGGCAUGGCAGAAAUAAGUGGUAGAAAACAGGUGGUAGAAACAAAGAGAGGAUGGCCAGCCUUCUCCAUGCCUCUUAGAGCAAAUGGAAACAGUAAGUAGCUUUCUGCUUCCAGGAUUUUCUGGUCACUUAUAAAGGUAAUUUCCAACCUGUUCUGAAACUUGGUCUUUGCACUGGCUGCACGCAUACCCCAACCACAGGGAAUGAGUACAUCUGGAGUGCAGAGGUGAAAGCCAGCACUGCCUAAAGUGACACCACCGACAGUGGCAUUUCUCUGGGUUUAUUACGAAGCUGUCCAUCACGGUGCUCCCCAUGCAGUGCUAGUUCACUUUUAAAGCAGCUUUUUAGGAAACUCGAUUUGUAUUUUAUUCAUUUUAAGCAUGUCAUACUAAAAGACACAUUGGAUUUUUUAAAAAACACUUAUGUUUUGAAAAUAGAAUAAAACAUUAGAAUUUCCAAUUAAAUCAUAUCUGGUGCCAAUGUGUAAAACUCAAUAUGU